ACUUUAAUAAUACACCCAAUUUCUUUUCAUCGUUGUUGCGUUUCGCUUUACCAAAGGCAUAAGAAAGGAGUUGCUUGCCCCUAAGCUUUACGUGUAACAGAAGAAACUCAUUCCAUUCCCACAUUCUUUCUUCUUCUUCUUCCUCCACAUUUCACUGGAAAGAGAACACACGCCAUGGCUGUCGUGUGGAACAAGCACUUGGUUCUUGGGUUAGUCCUAGGGUUUUGUCUGGUCUUUUCUCUGGGUGAACUCGAGCGGUUCGUAGAGUCGCCGAAAGCGGAUGGGUCUCUCGCGUUCUUGGUCGUCGGAGACUGGGGAAGAAGAGGCAACUACAACCAAACUGAAGUUGCUCGCCAGAUGGGAAUAAUUGGAGAGAAGCUAGACAUCAACUUCGUGGUCUCGACGGGCGACAACUUCUACGAAGAUGGCCUCACGGGCGUGGACGAUCCGGCUUUCAAAGAGUCCUUCGUCAACAUCUAUACCCAUUCCGGACUGCAGAAGCAGUGGUACAACGUCUUGGGGAAUCAUGACUACAGGGGAAACGUGGAGGCACAGCUGAGCCCGAUCCUUAAGAAAGUGGACAGCAGAUGGCUUUGCUUGCGAUCCUUCGUCGUCAAUGCCGAGAUUGUGGAGCUGUUCUUCGUGGACACGACUCCUUUUGUGGACGAGUACUUCAGGGAGCCAAAAGCCUAUGACUGGAGUGGUGUGCUGCCCAGAAAGCCUUACCUCUCCAAUCUCCUCAAGGAUGUGGAUUUGGCUCUAAAAGAGUCGAGAGCGAAAUGGAAGAUCGUCAUAGGUCACCACCCCAUCAAAAGUGCUGGAGAGCACGGCAGCACAGCUGAGCUAAUCGCUCAGCUUCUUCCUAUCAUUCAGGCAAACAGCGUUGAUCUCUACAUAAACGGCCAUGACCACUGCUUGCAACGCAUCAGCACUUCCGAUAGUCCUAUUCAGUUCUUGACUAGUGGAGGCGGAUCCAAGGCGUGGAGGGGUUACGUGAGCUGGCCAAAUCCAGAAGAGCUCAAGUUCUACUACGAUGGUCAAGGAUUUAUGACUCUGCAAGUCACAGAGGCCCAUAUCGACGUCGUUUUCUACGACAUUGAAGGCCACGUUCGUCACCAUUGGAGCGUUUGAUCGCCCAUUUGUCACCAUCAUAUGAGCAACCGACACUUGAAAAGUUAUGAUUGAUCAUGUAAUGCCAAAUUUCUACUGAGAGACUAAUGUAAGAGUUUGUCAUGUUGUAUAAGUAGGUACGUACGUAUGCCUAGCCUAAUGCAAGAAUUAUAUCAAUGAGACUAUUACGUUUGGAGUUACAAAUAUAUA